AUGGAAAAGCCAGAGGAGAAAGUGUCAGGCGGCGCUACUAAAGAAGAAGAAACAGGUACUCAAAAUGAACCUUCAAAGGAAGCUCCAAAAUGCGAGGAAGCACCAGCAUCCAAUGAUGAACCAGUUCCUCCCAAGCCGGCAAUUACUGGCACAGAACUCGACCAGCUCUAUUCUGGUGCUUGGACCGGAGAGGAGAAGCGCUAUGCCACCGCUCUCAUUGAAGAGUUCCGCGAUGGUAACAUCCCAGACUUGCCGGAAAAAACAACGAUGCGCGGCUAUCUUGCUGAAAAGCUCAUGUGCCCAACCAAGCGUAUCUCCAAGAAGUACGAAGGGUCUGGCUACAAUGGGAGGCUCCCGUACACCAAGGGGGCUCUCGAGUUGGACCCCGACGAGGCUCUGAAGCGACAAGAGAAGCUCAUAGAGCUUGAGGAAGAUUUCAAAAAGAGCAGAAUUGCCAUUAUCGCGGCCAAAGAAGCAGCUCCGCCUCGGAAAUCUCCCAAGAGCCCCACUUCCAAACCCAAAAAGAAGAAACCAACCUUACUCACCGCAGCUCAUACCAAUCAGCUUCGUCGGGGUUCCCCGACACCCUUGGGCGGUCAAGCAGGAUUGCCAGGCGCCGCCAGCCUUCAUCACCUUCAGAGAAUGCCAAUGGGCUUGGGUGUUGGAGCCUCGCAAGACUUGAUGCUGCAAGCCAUGAUCCAAGAGAGGUCCCGAAUUGCGGCUCUGGGGGCCGCUGGUGUGCCUCCGCCAACUCACACCGACAUGCUACUGGCUCGACGAGCGGCUCUGUUGGAUCCAAUCUACGGUUCACCCGCUGGUUUCCUGGGCGCGUCAGGAUUGCCACUACACUCUUCCAUGUCGGGAGCCGGUACAUUUGGCUCUCUCUUCCCACCCAGGGGCAUGUUGCGUCCGGGCAUGGGCCUGGGAGGGUUUGCCGGAUCAGACUUGCUGCAAUCACGGGCCGCCUUGAACGCAUCUGUCCUACACGGUUCCCUCGCUCCCGCGUCCUUUCAACAGGACGGCCUUGUCGAAAUUUUGCGUCGCAAACGGGAGUUGGAGAGCAUGGGUGCAGCAGCAGCUGCGAAUGCCGGAUCACCAAGCAACAGCUCGGAGGAUCCACCAGAGGCCAAGAAGGCAAGAACUACAUAG